UACUUUGAAUACAUUUGAUAUCAAAACAAAGUUCUUAUUGUUCAUAUGGAAUUUCACUUGGUUACAGAUUAAACUAUACCCAAAUGGAAAGUUUUAAUUGGCAAAAAAAUGAAAUGACGUAGGUUAAUUUUUAAAUAAAAAACUAUCAAUGACACACAAUUUCUAUUUCAAGUUGAAUAGUUCCUUUGUACAUUUAUUAUGAUCCAUUUAUUCUCUUAUCGCAAUUUAUUAUAAUAUUUAUCUUUUGUGCCCGAGCUCUCGUGUGCAAGUACGUAAAACGUGAAUAGUGAUGAAUUGUAAAUUGUGAUCACGUUUUGAGUUGGAGGCUCGAUAACUCCCAGAAAUCGAGUCGAAGAUCGCAUGCGCCAAAAAAGUGUUCACAUAAAUAUCGACUCGAUGUAGCUUGGACAUCAAGUCGAACUUUAAUUCGCCACUGAAGCUACAAAAAACAAAAUAAGAAAGAAUUUACACUUUAAAUUUGAUUCGAAAAUGGAACAAUUAUCAAAAGAUCAAACUAUUGCUUUGAGAGAGAAACUUAUUGGAAAAUCUUGUCAACUUUUCUUUAAAAAGAAUCCUUUAAAAAUCGUUAGAGCUGAGGGUCAAUAUAUGUACGAUGAAAAAGACGAAGCCUAUUUAGAUUGUAUCAACAAUGUAGCUCAUGUUGGUCAUUGCCAUCCGGAUGUUGUAAAAGCAGGUUGCGAUCAAAUGAAAAUGUUAAACACCAACAACAGAUUUUUGCACGACAACAUCGUUUUGUGCGCAAAAAGAAUCAUAAGCACAAUGCCCGAAAAAUUAUCCGUCUGCUUUUUCGUUAAUUCAGGAUCAGAAGCCAACGAUUUAGCCAUAAGAUUAGCUCAAAUUCACACCGGAAAUAAAGAUAUUAUCACCCUCGAGCAUGCCUACCACGGACAUUUGACCUCUCUCAUUGAAAUUUCUCAUUACAAGUUCAAUCUACCGGGAGGGAUUGGCCAAAAACCACACGUACAUUUGGCAUCAAGUCCAGAUACAUAUCGAGGAAAAUUCAACGAUAUCACCCAUAAUAAGGAAGAUUUAGCAGAUAUUUAUGCGAAUGAAAUCAAAGAGAUUUGCGAAAACGUCCAAAAAGAUGGUAAAGGGAUUUGUGCUUAUAUCGCUGAGAGUAUGUUAAGUUGUGGGGGGCAAAUCGUUCCGCCCUCUGGUUAUUUCAAGAAAGUUUAUGAAAACGUAAGAAAAGCUGGGGGAGUUUGCAUCGCGGAUGAAGUUCAAGUUGGUUUUGGAAGAGUUGGUAAACACUGGUGGGCUUUUCAAAUGCAAGACGUCGUCCCUGAUAUUGUAACGAUGGGAAAACCAAUGGGAAAUGGACAUCCAGUUGCCGCAGUUGUUACAACACCGGAAAUUGCAGAAAGUUUUCGAAAAACCGGAGUAGAAUAUUUUAAUACGUAUGGUGGUAACCCAGUUUCAUGCGCAAUAGCAAACGCAGUCUUUGAUACCAUCGAAAAAGAAAACCUUCGCGAAAAAGCCAUAGUAGUUGGUGAACACCUUUUAGAUUCUUGCCAUCUUUUAGCGAGAAAACACAGUAUAAUCGGAGAUGUUCGAGGAUUAGGACUUUUCGUUGGAAUCGAAUUGGUGAAAGAUCGUGAAACGAGAAUCCCAGCCACCGAAAUCGCUUCGUACGUUGUUAGCAGGAUGAAAGAAGAACAUAUUUUAUUAAGUUCUGACGGACCAGAUUGCAAUGUAAUUAAAUUUAAACCACCCAUGGUUUUUAACAAAGAAAAUGUGGAUGAAGUAAUAACCACUUUGGACAGAGUUUUGAAAGAAGUCAGAGAAAACACCGAAUUGGAUUCGUUGAUUAAACUUCCGGUUAUCAAAUCGGAGAAGGUUAUGAGUAAAGAUGCAAGAAAUACGUUCAAGAAACCUAUUAAUAAAGAGGAAACUUUGUCGAUUUAAAAUGUGAGAUGAAAGGAUGAGUAUUAUUAUCUUCAUAAUAUAACUGUUAUUUAUUACAAAAGAAAAUAAUUUCGAUAAGGGUUAUUUUUAAAUUAGUUUAGGUUAAGAUUUUAUUGUUUA